AUGGCGGCACAACGCUUUGCGCAGAAACUCAUUUCGGAAAACUUCAUUAUGGUUUUCAGUAAAAGUUAUUGUCCCUAUUGUAAGAGGGCAAAAAAAACUUUGGAAGAGCUCGGUCAAAAAUUCAAAGCUAUAGAGCUGAACGAAAGAGAUGAUGGGACUGAGAUUCAAGAAUAUCUCUUCCAAAAGACUAACCAAAAGACCGUACCAAACAUUUUCAUCAGGAACGUUCACAUCGGAGGGUGUGAUGAUCUCUUGGCCAAAAAAUCGGAUGGAAGUCUUCAGAAACUACUGCAAGCCCCACAUUGA